CCCGACGUCGCGCAUUGUCGGCAACUAGGCCACUCUGACCGCAUUUGUCAUUGGACCGUCACGCCACGGCUGCACCUGACACUGGUUGUCUCCUACCCGAGGCAUCGUUGCCUCUCCUGCAGCGACUUACCCGCUCGACUGUGAGCAGCAACAACACCACUUUUGCGGGCGUGGGCUCGUACCGCCAUGUCGAGGCGAGAAAAGCCAAUAGUUGCGUCUGUCGAAGACGUUGACGAGUCUGGGAAUAUCAUCGAGGAAACCGCUCGUUACGCAUCAUCGGUUGCCCCAAGCAGUCCGGCAAAAGAACAGCCAAACACCAGCCGGGCCAGAAGAGAGAAGGCGAGAAGAGGCUCUUCCUCGCCUGUGACCACCAGCGUCGUCACCGACUCCGAUUCCACGGUGCAUCCGCGGAGAGACUCGCUCAAAAAGACCAGCAAGGACCGAGAUAAAUCGGUCUCCAGCAGCAAGAAGGCGCUUAUGGCUUCCUCACGACCCCCCGUCAAGCAUACGAAGACGGCGCCGAGCAUGUCAAGAAAGGACAUUGAGGCAGCCUACUACGGCGUCGACCCUACCGUCACCCCGGCCAUUUCACGUCCCCGAGCCAAGACGUCACGGCCAUCGAGCUUCUAUGGCCCCUCCAGGCCGCCACCUGCAAAUGCCCGGUUCUACGCAAACGCAAAUCAACCGCCCGGUUCUCUACCUACCUCGUUCCCACCACCCGGUCCUUGGAUGGCGCCGGGACCGGGGCCGGGGCCAGGGCCAGGGCCCCUGCCGCCGUUUGGCCCGUCUUCGCCGGUAGCUGCACCUCUGGUUAUGCAACAGCCACCGCCACUACCUCCUCCGCCCGACUACUUUGCCCGCCCGCUCGAAUCUCGCUUUGGGUCCGCCCGACCCCAGUCGUCCAUGGGGUUUCGCCCACCUCUUCGUGCUCUUGAGUACGAUGACUUUGAAGAGUCCCCCUUUGAGCAGGCGCUGGCGCGGAGGCCGUCUUCGACUCGGAGGGUGUCAAAGAACGAGGAAGACAGGAGAUCAAUGCCUCCUCCUCCUCCACGUCGACCUGCCUCUGCUCGCCCUGGAGCACUCGCCUUUCGCCCUUCCCCAUCUACGCCAGCUAGGCACCGGGGCGAUUUUGACGACCACGAGACAGACAUCGAUGAUGGCCUCUUCAACGACCUUUCGCCGCUCGGACCAGGGAGCUUCGCGCCUGGGAGUUACGAGUCCAAGUCCAUCCCUUUCCGGCCACGACCGAGCUCACGGCCGAGCUUUGGUGAUCUAGGAUAUGACGUGCCUGAUUACCAGACUGAAGUCGCUGCGAAAGGGCGCCGACGUAAUUCGUACUACGGCGGGCAGUCAGCCCAUUCCUCCAACGCCCUAGAGGAGAAGAUACGACAGGCCGCCCACUACCAGGAUGAACUGUCAGGCGGGCCACCAAUGCCGCUGACGGCCGAAACCCUCAGAAAGGCAGGCAGAAGUGGUGCCAGCAGCAGGUCCACGAGGAGUUCGGGGAGCCAUGAUGAGAGCGACUACAGACAGUCGGCUGCGACCCGCACCACGAGGUCGACGGCGCCCAAUGACGAAGACCUUACGAUCCGCGUGAAAGGAAACACCGUGCUCAAGUUCGGCAAUGCGGAGAUGCAGUGCGAGGACGGAGCUGAGAUCAACAUCAGCUCACGGAGUGGCAACGCCGAGAUCCGGACUGGCAGUGACCGGUCGAGCUACAUUGACCCUGAGGAUCGCCGUACCAGGAUCGACUUCCCCGCAGCGCGGGAACGUGCCACUUCGCGGGCAAGGUCGCGCGCAAGGUCGUACUCCCGCACCUUCUCAAAGUACGAUGUUGCUCCGCCGUCGAGGUAUGAUGCUGGCCCGGAGUACGACACCUUCAGCAGCUAUGCCCCGCCGCUCCCACCGCCCUACCCGGAAUAUCCCUCGUCGUACUCAUCGCGGCACGGUGAUGGGUACUUCCACACAUAGAUGCG